AUGGAGAUCGAGCAUUCCACCCCUCCAACGCCCUCCGACGGCGCCCACAAGAAGCGUCGACGCACCGAAGCCCAGCUGGCGCGCAAGCGACAGGCCGACCGCAUCAAUCACAAGGCAAAACGCGAGCAGCAGAAGCGCCAGAUGGAGAGCCUGGAGACCCAGGUCACAAAUCUGCAGCAAGCCGUCCAGUCGCUGACCGACCAGGUUCGCGUUCUCAACGAGAGACUGCGAGACCAGUCGCGCUAUUUCGCUUGUUUUGAUCUGGCGGAAACACCGAGUCCCGUCCCUGCCGCGGGCACCUCGACGGCCUCGAUCGCUCCGCCGCGCCCGCUCCCCAACGCACACGACAUGCUCCUUCUCCCCGCCGAUAAACUCCCGAUGCUCGUACACGCGCCGGCACUGGGCGAGCCCGAUAACAGUGUCCCUGUCGACUGCCGAUGCGGAGUCGACCACCGCUCCUACUACGAAUGCCUCGAGUACUCGACCUUCUCGAUUCUGCUGCGCGCCCACCAGGGUCUCAACAAGAGCAUCUCCAACAGCACGCGGCUCCCUCGCACCCCGUCGCUCGUCCAUGUCUUCCGACCAACAUCGACCGAUAACCCCGUCAUCCAGAUCCUGGGCUUGGUAUUCAGCCAAGUCCGGCCGGCGAACGUGCGCACACUUUUCGCUUGCUAUGUUGUGAUGUAUCGUUUCUUACGAUGGCGCCUCUGCCCCGACGAAGAAACCCAGCGCGACGUCCCGACCUGGCUAUACCCGACCGACAUCCAAAAGACCGUCCCGCACCCCGUCUGCAUCGACUUCCUUCCUUGGCCUGGCCUCCGCGAUCGCCUAAUCCACAAGGCGCAGCAAAUACAAGACCCGCGGCACUCGGUGAUUAUGUACAUGCGCUCCAUACACUUCCAGUGGCCGGGGGAUCAGGAGUUCAUCUACACCAAUGACAACGGGGAGCUGAUGCCGACCCAAGCUUUUGAGAAGGGCUUGUACGACUACGAGAACUGGCAGGUGUCGCGGGAGUGGGCGGCUAUGUUCCCCAAGUUGAAGAAAUAUGUCAAUAUUGGCGACGAUGAAAAUAUCCUGGCUUGA